AUGGGUGGUCAAUAUGGAAUUCUAUGGGCCACACGAUAUGACGCUUGGAGAGUUUCUCACGAAGGAGCUGACAGUCCGGUUUCUAAGCUACCAUGCAAUCAUUGUUUCUUCCAUGAGCAUACCCAUUUCUACUCUCUUGGAAACUACGUAGCAUCCUUCAAAGUCACACCGGUUCGACCUUAUAGUGUGGAGUUUUCUCCAGUACAGUGCCGCAUAGUUCCGAACCAGUACACAAAGCAGGCUCUUCUAGAUGGGGUUACCAGAAUGGCUGCUCUAGCUGAUGAUAUCAUCCGCACAGCGGAGGAUCGGCUUGGUAUUUUCAUCCAACAUGAACAUUACAGUCAGUAUGCGGGCACGUUUCACACAGUUCUGCGACAAGUGGUGGACAAGUGCACGGCUUUGGUUGGGUAA